AUGGCAAGGACGUUGCACUUUGUAGUUUUGCUGUUCCUAAACUUGACCUUAUUGAACGUUCAAGGUAGUCCUAGGGGCCACCACCACGAAUCUUUGUUGCAUAAAUAUCUAUUUCAUGAUUAUAACGUUAAUGUAAGGCCCGUGUUAAAUCAUUCGGAACAAGUUGAUAUUAUAAUCCGUCUAUCACUUAGAAAAAUACAGGAUUUAGAUGAGAAACGUCAGUCUAUAAAAUGUACAAUCAAUUUGGACUUGUAUUGGAAAGACGAAUUUUUAACCUGGAAUUCGUCAGAAUAUGGUGGAAUAAAAACUCUAGUGUUUCCUUACAGUAAAAACAUCUGGGUUCCGGACAUCAUGGUAUAUAAUGCAUUGGUUAACUCUGAAGAUUAUGGAAUGGAAGGUUCUACCAUACAACUUUAUCAAAACGGUCAGGUGUAUGCUUGGACACAAGUUCGUCUCAAUACUGAAUGUGAAAUUAAAUCUAAGAAAUAUCCAUUCGACGAACAGAUUUGUACCAUUAUUCUGUCGAAAUUUAUGAAUACGGAUGAAAGAGUCAUGUUGAAGUCACAAAUAAAUGAAGUCCUGUUGCUGUAUUACGAACAUACCGCUGAAUGGGAGGUAAUAGAUAACUACGUUACAACAGACACUUACCAUUUUAACGUGACUGUAGACGUUUUGACGUACACGUUUAUAAAUUACAAAUUCAAAAUUAAAAGGGCAUGCCGUAUAUGCCUUAUAAACGUUAUCAUACCAGUUUUAAUAUUAGCAUCGCUUAACUUGAUAUCGUUCUUUAUACCUUGUGAAAGUGGGGAGAAAACCAGCUUUCCUAUUUCCAUAUUUUUAACGAUGGCGGUAUUUCUGACGAUAAUUUCACGGGAAAUGCCGGAAUCUAUCGACGGCGUUUCAUAUCUCAGUUCAUACGUCACUGUUUUACUUGGUAUUGGAGCAGUUACUACCCUGUGCUCGGCGCUUUCGUUACGUUUUCAUUUCAGAGCCAGACCCAAAUCAGUUUCCAAAUUCUGGCGUUUCUUGGUGAAAAUUCUAGUUCCUGUAUCGGACGAUAAGGACGAAAACAAGAAUGUAGAAAAUGAUGACAUUAAAAAGCAAAGGAAGCGUAGUCUUUCCCUAAACUCGAACAAGGAUUUAGAAAUGAAGAAUAUGAGAUGUUCUGCCAGUCCAGACGUGACAUGGAAACAAGUAUCCCUUGCAUUUGACAGACUUGCCUUCUUUGUCAUGUUAAUUUUGGAAGUUAUUUCAACUGUUGUAUUCUUAGAUCUAAUGUUCCGAUAGAUUCGCUUUAUAGAUACAUGUAUAAAAGUAUGUAUUUUAUGAAUUCAUUGUUAAUAUAAGGGCA